AAAUGUCGUUGCAUCAUGGAUCAUGGUUUUACAGGGGUUUGGAAGUUUAGUUGAUAGAUGAUUAUUCUAGAAUAUUUUUUAAAACGUUUGCAGAUUUUAAAAAAAUCCACGACUAGCUCCUCCCGGAUAUGUUUUGGCCGCACCUUUCUUUGUCGUCAGUUCCAAACACAGUUCGAAGCCUUCAAGUGCUCCAGUCUUGGUCCUGUUCCAAGUCAACGGCGGCAGCCAGCGAGCUCCGGCUUCGAUUCAAGCGAGCAGCGGGCGGCCGCUCCGCCGAAGAGCAGCUGCGCGAUACGCACCGGCGGCGGCUGAGACAGCAGCACCACUCAACUCCACACGCCAUUGCUCGCCCUCUCGCAGCGACGGAUUCAUGGAGGUCGCGAUGGGGUUGCUGUCGAGGCUCAUCCACAAGGUUGGGGAUCUGCUCGUCGGCGAGUACAAGCUGCAGAGCGGGGUGAAGGGGGAGAUCAUGUUCCUCCAACCUGAGCUCGAGAGCAUGCAGGGGGCGCUCAAGGAGAUUGCCACUGCUCCUCCGGACCAGCUCUGCGAGCAGGACAAGAUCUGGGCCAGCCAGGUGCGGGAGCUCUGCUACGACAUCGAGGACAGCAUCGACAUGUUCAUGGUACACUGCACGGGUGGUGCGCCGUUAGGGCCGGUUGGUAUGAGGGGGUUCGUCCAUAGGAGCCUGAAUUUGCUGACGAGGCUCCGGAUCCGCCGUCAGGUUGCUACCGACAUCAGAGACAUCAAGAGGCGUGUCAUAGAGGCCGGCGAGCGGCGCGAGAGGUACAGGAUCGAUGUGGCUAGGCCUGCUGCUGUCGAUCCUCGUUUGUUGGCUCAUUACAGCAAGGCAACAGAGCUUGUGGGGAUUGAUGAGGCUAGAGAUGAGGUGAUUAGCAUUCUGAUGGAAGGGGAUGAUCAGGUGUCCAACCAGCAUGGCAAGAUAGUUUCCAUUGUUGGAUUUGGGGGGCUGGGGAAGACGACUCUUGCUAAUGCAGUAUAUGAAAAGCUCAAGGAAAAAUUUGAUUGCUGGGCUUUUGUUUCGGUGUCUCAAACUCCUGACAUGAGAAAAAUUUUCAGGGGUUUGCUCUAUGAACUUGGGAAGAACGUCAAUGAUGAAACAUUGGAUGAGAGGCAGCUCAUCGAUCAAGUCAGAAAAUUUCUUCAGAUGAAAAGGUAUUUCAUUGUUGUUGAUGACAUAUGGGAUAUCUCAGUUUGGAAAAUGAUUAGAUGUGCUUUGCCUGAUAAUGAUGUUGGAUACACAAUUGUUACAACUACCCGUAUUUCUGAUGUUGCUGAACAAGCCGGUGGUGCUUACAAGUUGAAACCCCUUUCUUCGAACAACUCUCGGAAACUGUUUUUUAGAAGAAUAUUUGGUAAUGAAAACAAAGACAACAAUGAUGAAAUUGAAAAAUGUCCAGAUGACGAACUGGCCGAAGUGUCUGAAAGAAUAUUAAAGAAAUGUGUUGGUGUGCCCCUAGCAAUUAUUACAAUGGCUAGUUUGCUAGCUUGCAAAGCAAGAAAUAAACUUGAGUGGUACGAGGUGUACAACUCUAUUGGUACUGGUAUGAAAAAUAAUAUGGACGUGCAGAACAUGAGAAAGAUUUUGUCUUUUAGCUAUUAUGAGCUGCCGUGCCAUCUAAGGACUUGCUUGUUAUAUUUUAGCAUGUUUCCUGAAGAUUUUGAAAUUGACAAGGACCGUUUGAUAAGAAUGUGGAUAGCUGAAGGUUUUAUCCAAUAUGAAAAACAGGGAAAGAGUCUAUUUGAACUAGGAGAGUUUUACUUCAACGAGCUCAUAAAUAGAAGUAUGAUCCAACCAAUACAUAACUCAGUAACUGGCAUGCUACAUAGUUGCCGCAUACAUGAUAUGGUCCUUGAUCUUAUCUGUUCCUUGUCAAGUGAAGAAAACUUUAUUACUGUACUAAAUUAUAUGGAUAGCACAUCUCCAUCAAAUACAAUUCGGAGGUUGUCCCUUCAAUUUGGCAAGAAAAGUCACAUGAUGGUUCAAGUUACUAGAAACUUGUUGCAACAUGCAAGGUCAGUUGUUAUCUUUCCAUUUGCCGUUGGUCAAGUGCCGGCUGCUGGCAGCUGCCGAGUUUUACGUGUACUAGAUUUAGAGCAUUGCAAUCUUUCACAGAAUAAAAGCCUCAAGGACCUUGGGAAGUUAUAUCACUUGAGGUACUUGGGACUACGUGGGACAAGUGUUUCUCACCUCCCAGAAGAAAUAGGAAACCUGCAAUUUCUACAGACAUUGGACGUAAGGUCAAAUACUAUUUCCAGCUUGCCUUGGAGUGUUGUCCAGCUAAGAAAUUUGAUUUGCCUAGACAUUGACGUAUCUACAAGAGUGCCAAAUGGAAUCGGAAACCUAAGAUGCCUUGAGCAGCUGUCACGGUUAUGCAUUGAUGAAUCCACCAUAAACAUUAUAGAGGAGUUGGGCCAUCUAACUGAACUGAGGCGGCUGUGGAUUAAAUUGGAGAAGUGGAACGAAAAGCUGUUGGAGUGCCUACACAAGCUACAAAAGAUUCAGGAACUACAUAUUGUAGUCCCUCCUGGUCAACGCAGCAUCGGUGGAUUGGAUGCCUGGGUCGCUCCUCGACACCUCCGUUUGUUGGGUACAGAAGACAGCUAUUGGUUUUCUACACUUCCAGCGUGGGUGAAUCCAUUGCUCGUUCCGGAUCUCACCUGCCUAUACAUCACCGUGAGGGAGCUACAACAGGUCGAUCUCGAAAUCCUUGGGAGGUUGCCAGCUCUCUGCUUUUUACAUCUGAUGGUGAGCAAUAAGAACCUGGGAAUCCUUCAGGGAUUCGUUGUUCGUGCUGGUUCGUUUCCAUACCUUGUAUCCUGUAGCUUCGAGCAAUUUGUAUGGCCAAUGGUAUUUCAACAAGGAGCCAUGCCAAGACUCAGAGAGCUUUACCUCUGGCCGUUGUUUUAUGCGCGGGAGGGAAGAGGAAUUGCCAGCAGCAAUGAUGGUCUCGACUUGAGCCUCGGAAACCUGCCAUCGUUGCAGAGGGUCUUUGCUGAGCUCCGAUAUGAAGGCGCUAGCAAGGAGGAGGCCGAGCAAGCCAAGGCUACGCUGACGCGUGCAGCUGAAAUGCAUCCCAAUCAUCCCAGACAUGAUAUAUGUAUAUUUAAAUAUAAAGGUCCUGGCUGAGCUACGAUGUGAAGGCGCCAACGAGGAGGCGGAGCAAACCAAGGCUGCGCUGGCGCAUGCAGCUGAAACGCAUCCUAAUCAUCCCCACCAUGAUAUAUAUAUAUAUAGACUAUGAAGAUUAAGAUGAUGAAUGAUGAACCGGAGAAAAGAUUUGAGUUGACGCCAAUGAUUAGUUGCUCGCAGAUGACAAGUUCCUCUGCUUCGCCAGAUCUUCAGAUUAAACUGCUCGCCCAUGAAUAGUACGGAUCAACUUGAACCGUUACUAUAAUGUUGCUAACAUUAAUAAUGCGGUGCAUGGGAAAGGCCGCGUGAUGUGCCGGUCUCAGGAACCUGCAACGGGCGGCCAUGGAGGUCUGGAAUGAAUAAAACGCAAGGUUUUUUCCGGUGACAGAGUCGGGCCUAGAUUUCACGCAAGGGUAUAUUCUAUUGUAGAGUGUGGUCCAGUUGAGUGCAGUGAUCUACUUCUAUGUGGCUCUCGAAAGCAAAAUCGUUUGCAUAGAUUUUAUUAUACUAGCCUAUUAGCUCCCGCACGGGCUAAUUAAAAUUAAUAUAAAAAUAAGGUUUAUAGCUAGUAAUUAUAAUUAUCUAUGUCGUGCUCUCUUUUAUGUAUUAAAUAUUCUAACACACAUUCUAAAAUAUAUAUUUAUUAUUAUCAAGUUGCAAUAUAUUUCAUG